CGGCCCAGUUGAGCCACUGACAGCAGCCACGGUUAGGCCACCAUGACUGCUGUCACAGCCUCCUUCGCUCCUUCCAUGGCAGAUCAUUUGGAGGAACAGCAAAGCCUCCACACAGCAUCCGCAUCCGCUUCCUUUCGAACGAGAGUUGUCGAAGCUGUCGAAUUUGACGAAGCUGUUCCCGGGAUCGGCCGCCCUGAGUCCGGUCAGACCGCGGUCUUCAGCGACGGCACGUGGCAGGUGAAGAACACCUUCAUCGAGGUGCCCGAAGUGGCCCAAGCCUCUCACCUUCGGCGGGCUUUCUCAGCACCAGCAGGAUGUGGCCUCAAACUCCACAGCUUUCCCGUUGAAAGUCCAUGCUCGACAGCCAUGGAUUCACCGGAUGCCGCCAAAAACUGCAUCAUCGACAGUCCGUUGGGCGGACUCCAAGGAGUGCCCCCACCACCCCCUGAGCCACCAAGACUGCCUUUCAGUACGUUGCCGCCACUGCCAGCGCCGCCGCCAAAGAGAUGCAGGAAGCUUCGACGUCCAAAGCGAUCCGACCGAUCACAGGAUCCGCCACACAAGGCGCGUGCUAUCGUUGUAUUUGCAGACCAUGGCGAGCCGUCCUGGAAAUAUGCACCAAGUCCCGUUGGCCCCAGUGUGCACCGAUAUCCUUUGAGGGAUCAAGGUCGCCGGAAUCGAUUGGUGUUUUGCCAAGGGAUUUGCAAACAUUGCAUUAACCCAAAAGAACAUUGCAUGAAGCAGUUGUGCAGCUAUGAGCAUUGGCACCAUGAUGUUCUUUUGAAGAUCCUUGAGAUGGUGGACCAAUUGGAGGAUGAGAUGCCAGGAGAGGCCACGAGGCUUGACUGCUUGGCUUGACCGUGACCGGCAUCCACAGCCCGGACGUUGCCUGACCAAGGUCCUUGAGGCCGUAGUUGGCCCCAGAAGUGGGUUUGUAGGAGUGAAAGAGAGACGCUAGGCUCCAAGAUGUUCUAGGCCCCAAAUCCUUCCUAGUUGGCCCCUAGGUCUUUCAGGCCUAGGCUUGUAGGAUUUUGUAGGUGGAAAAUUGGAACAGAGACGCUGCAGAUGCGUCUACGAGAAC